AUGGGGGGAUUUUUAUACAUAUGCUUCUGUAUCUGUCUGCUGCUGAUUCUGUUCUCCUCUUUCUUCUCUUCUCUUUUAUCAUCUGCAUCUUCCUCUGCUUCACUCUCUUGCAACGUGUGGAAACAGUUCCAUCUCAAUGGGCUGUCCAAGGCUGGAGACGUAAACCUAGGUGGCUUGUUUGAGGUCCACUACACCUCUGUCUUUCCCGAGUGGACGUUCACAUCCGAGCCACGUCAGCCAACCUGCACUGGCUUUGAUAACCAGGGAUACAGGCAUGCCAUGACUAUGGUCUUUGCAGUGGAGGAAAUAAAUAGAAACUCCAACCUUCUCUCUAAUGUGACCUUGGGAUAUAAUCUCUACGAUAACUGUGGCGCACUUGUGAUUGGCUUCCGUGCUGCUUUGGUGCUGGCCAGUGGUCAAGAGGAACAGUUUCUGCUUCAAGGAAACUGCAUUGGUGCCACUCCAGUUCUUGGGAUUGUUGGUGACUCAUACUCAACGUUCUCUAUUGCAUCUUCCAACGUGUUGGGUUUAUUCAGAUUACCUAUGGUCAGUCAUUUUGCCACGUGUUCCUGCCUGAGUAAUCGACAGAGGUUUCCAUCCUUCUUCAGAACAAUUCCAAGUGAUGCUUUCCAGGUGCGUGCGAUGAUUCAGAUCCUAAAACACUUUGGCUGGACCUGGGUAGGACUGCUGGUCAGUAAUGAUGACUAUGGUCUAAAUGUUGCACGCUCCUUCCAGUUGGACUUGGCUAAAACUGGCGCAGGCUGUCUGGCCUACAUAGAGGUUUUGCCUUGGGGCAGUGACCCAGUUGAGUGUACCAGGAUUGUGGAAGUAAUGAAAAAAUCCACUGCUCGUGUGGUCAUGGUGUUUGCACAUGAAAUCCACAUUUAUCGACUCAUGGAGGAGGUAGUGAAACAGAAAGUGACAGGCCUGCAGUGGAUGGCCAGUGAGGCAUGGACAUCAGUCGAUGUGCUCCAGACACCCGAGUUCAUGCCAUACCUGGCUGGCACAUUGGGCAUUGCCAUUCGUCGCGGAGAAAUAACAGGGUUUAAAAAUUUCCUUCUAAGCGUACACCCUGACCAACACCACAACAGCUAUGGGAAUAGUAUUGUAACUCAGUUCUGGGAGGAUAUAUUUCAGUGCAGAUUUGCUCCAGCUCCAAAUGGUUGGGUAGAAGACGGCGGAGCCCUUUGCACAGGCCGAGAAGAUCUGAAUAGUGUAAAAAGUGAGUUAUUUGAUGUUUCAAACCUAAGGCCAGAGUACAACGUGUACAAGGCUGUGUAUGCGCUAGCGUAUGCCCUCGACGACAUGUUGCGAUGUAAGCCAGGAGAAGGGCCGUUCAGUGGAAGCAGCUGUGCCAGUUUGCAAAGUCUGGAACCGUGGCAGCUGGUGUAUUAUUUGGACAAAGUGAACUUCACCACACCAUUUGGAGAUGAAGUGUCUUUUGAUGAGAAUGGUGAUGCACUACCAAUAUAUGACGUUAUGAAUUGGCUGUGGCUCCAAGAUGGAAGAGCAAAGAUUCAGAAUGUAGGUGAGGUGAAAGAGUCUGCCCAGGGUGAAGAGCUUAUACUUCUCGAAGAUAUAAUUUUCUGGAACUUUGAAUCUAAACAGCCGCCCCAGUCUAUCUGCAGCGAGAGCUGCCUACCAGGUACUCGAGUAGCGAGGAAAAAGGGGCGACCAGUGUGUUGCUUUGACUGCAUUCCAUGUUCUGAGGGAAAGAUCAGCAAUUUAACAGAUUCCAUGGACUGCAUCAGCUGUCCAGAGGAUUUCUGGUCCAAUCUCCAACGUGACCAAUGUGUUCCAAAGAAAACAGAGUUCCUCUCCUACAACGAGCCUCUGGGCAUCUGCUUAACAAGUGCCUCAUUGCUGGGCACGUUUAUCUGUGCUCUUGUUGUAGGCAUCUUUAUCCAUCAUCGCAGCACACCCAUGGUACGCGCCAACAACUCCGAACUGAGUUUUCUGCUUCUGGUUUCACUGAAAUUCUGCUUCCUUUGUUCACUUCUAUUCAUUGGACAACCCAGACUGUGGACAUGUCAGCUGAGACAUGCAGCAUUUGGGAUAAGUUUCGUGCUUUGUGUCUCAUGCAUCCUGGUUAAAACCAUGGUGGUUCUUGCUGUGUUUAAGGCCUCUAAGCCAGGAGGUGGAGCCAGUCUGAAGUGGUUUGGAGCUGUGCAGCAGAGAGGAACAGUUCUGGUUCUUACUUCUGUUCAGGGAGCAAUAUGCACAUCCUGGCUUAUCUCUGCCUCUCCAGCUCCCCAUAAAAACACUCAAUACUAUAAUGACAAAAUAGUUUAUGAGUGUGUAGUUGGGUCCACAAUUGGCUUUGCAGUGUUGCUGGGCUAUAUUAGUUUACUGGCCGUCCUCAGCUUCUUAUUAGCCUUUAUGGCACGAAAUCUUCCAGACAACUUCAAUGAGGCCAAAUUCAUUACGUUCAGCAUGUUGAUCUUCUGUGCUGUGUGGGUGGCCUUUGUUCCUGCUUAUGUCAACUCCCCUGGUAAAUAUGCUGAUGCUGUGGAGGUGUUUGCCAUUCUGGCUUCAAGCUUUGGUCUGCUGGUGGCGCUGUUUGGACCCAAAUGUUAUAUAAUCCUACUGAGACCAGAGAGAAACACCAAGAAAGCAAUAAUGGGUCGAGCCAAUUCCAAAACAUAAAGUAGUUUUGUUUUAGUUUGGUCUGUGGUUUAUGUUCAGUAAUUUCAUUUACUUUUAUACAUUUUUAUUUGCUCUCACCUGGGAAGGAAAAAAAUAGUAUGUGUUGUGUGGGUGUGUAAGUCAUACAAUAAAACAAAAAUUUAGAUAAUCUAAUAUACAUUGAAAGUCUAGCCUUUCACAUGAUGGGCUACAAAAACAGAAACAAAGUCUAAGGUGUGUUUAAAAUGUGACCUAAACUGACUCCAUUCAACAUUGCAAAAACAAAAGUAAACAAAAUUCAGGAGGAAAGGUAAUAUCCACAGUUCCAUGCUGCAGAUAUUUCAAUAGCGCUAAACCCAAGCGCACAAGUAUAGAGAGUUUCAGACACAUAACAAAAAAAUCUUUAAUAAAAAAUAAAUGAAUAAACACAAUGAUCACAAAUGAGAAAAGAAACUGAGGAGACAAAAAGAACAAGCCUAUCAAUAAAGGUGUGGCUUGAACUAAGUAUUAACAAACAACAAAGCAAUAA